GUGGCCUGUGAUUUCCUUGUAUAUUUUUGCAGCAAUGGUAGAAGAAAUAGAAGGAUUAUGAAGAAGCAGCAGCUGGUGGUGGAAGUAGUAGAUGCUCAUGAUCUUAUGCCAAAAGAUGGUGAAGGCUCUGCCAAUCCAUUUGUAGAAGUUGAUUUUCAAAACCGUCGAACCCGAACGAAAACUAUCACGAAUAACCUCAACCCGAUUUGGAACCAGAAACUAUCUUUUGAUUUCGACCAAACCCGAAACCAUCAUCACCAAACCAUUGACAUCUCUGUUUACCAUGAAAAGAGACUAGGCAGAAGCUUUCUUGGAAGGGUCAGAAUUCCCUGCUCCAACAUUGCCAAGGAAGGUGAGGAAACUUAUCAGAUCUUCCAUUUGGAAAAGAAGUGGUUUCUCUCAGCUGUUAAAGGUGAGAUUGGCUUGAAAAUCUAUAUUUCAUCACCAAAAAACUCUCCUAUAAAUAAUCCUCAAAAAUCCCCAAUUUCUGAUCCUCCUCCUACUAGACCUUCAGUUAGAGAGGCUUCUAAAGCAGAACCAAAGAAAGAAGUUUUAACUGUCCCAGCAUCUGAAGUUUCCAAAACUUUUUCUGUAGCUGAGUUUCCCAGCAGAGAUCCUGCUAAAGAGCCUAAGGUAGAGAUAGGAGGACCGUUCGAACCAAGACGAGAGACGACACAAUUACAUAAGCAGCAAACUAUGCAGCGGCCUCGAAUAUUAGUACAGAAACGGCCUCAAGGCGUUCCGUCUGCAAUGAACAGAGGCAUUCCAUCUGCAAUGAACACAAGCAAUUCACAAGCUAACCUCAACAACCAAGAUGAUGCCUAUGAGAUCAAGGACACUAAUCCCCAACUCGGUGAGCAUUGGCCGAAUGGCGGAGCAUAUGGUGGAAGAGGGUGGCUGAGCGGUGAGCGACACGCGAGCACUUACGACCUCGUUGAGCAGACAUUCUAUCUAUAUGUUCGAGUUGCGAAAGCCCGGGAUCUUCCCCCCAGCUCCAUCACCGGAGGCUGUGAUCCUUAUGUGGAAGUGAAGCUUGGUAACUAUAAGGGGAGAACAAGGCAUUUUGACAAGAAGCUAAAUCCAGAAUGGAAUCAAGUCUUUGCUUUCUCAAAAGAGCGCAUCCAUUCCUCUGCACUUGAAGUUUUUGUCAAGGAUAAAGAAAUGCUGGGAAGAGAUGAUUAUCUCGGCCGCGUGGUGUUCGACUUGAACGAGGUUCCUACUCGAGUUCCCCCAGAUAGUCCACUGGCUCCUCAAUGGUACAGAUUGGAGGACCGGCGUGGAACGGGCAAGGUGAGGGGGGAAAUCAUGGUUGCGGUUUGGAUGGGAACACAAGCUGAUGAAGCCUUCCCAGAGGCAUGGCAUUCUGAUGCUGCUUCAGUCUAUGGGGAGGGUGUUUAUAAUGUAAGAUCAAAGGUUUACGUCUCUCCAAAACUAUGGUAUCUAAGGAUAAAUGUGAUUGAAGCUCAAGAUGUAAUCCCGAACGAUAGAAACCGUCUUCCAGAUGUUUUCGUGAAAGCUCAAAUUGGAAACCAGGUACUAAGAACAAUGAUCAGUUCAACAAGUACCACUAAUCCAUUUUGGAAUGAAGAUCUGGUGUUUGUGGUAGCUGAGCCUUUUGAAGAACAAUUACUAAUCACUAUAGAGGACAGAGUGCACCCUUCAAAAGAAGAUGUCUUGGGGCAAGUCAGUCUCCCUCUUGACAUGUUUGAUAAGCGGCUAGAUCACAGGCCAGUUCAUUCGCGGUGGUUCAAUCUCGAGAAGUACGGUUUUGGGGUUCUAGAAGUUGACAGGCGAAAGGAACACAAAUUUUCAAGUAGGAUUCACUUGAGAGCUUGUCUCGAGGGUGGAUAUCAUGUAUUAGAUGAAUCAACGUUAUACAUCAGUGACCAACGACCAACUGCAAAGCAACUAUGGAAACAACCGGUGGGACUAUUGGAGGUAGGAAUUUUAGGUGCUCAAGGACUACUUCCGAUGAAGAUGAAGGAUGGGCGAGGAAGCACGGACGCCUAUUGCAUCGCUAAGUACGGUCAAAAAUGGGUUCGAACCCGAACAAUUCUCAACACUUUCAGUCCCAAAUGGAAUGAGCAGUACACAUGGGAAGUCUAUGAUCCUUGUACUGUUAUUACUUUGGGAGUCUUUGACAAUAGUCAUUUGGGGGGUGGUGAGAAACAUAAUGGAGGCAAUGGGGCAAGAGAUUCAAGGAUCGGAAAGGUUCGAAUUCGACUGUCAACUUUAGAAGCUCACAAAAUUUACACUCAUUCUUACCCCCUUCUGGUUCUACACCCCAAUGGAGUGAAGAAGAUGGGUGAGCUCCAACUUGCCGUUCGCUUCACCACCCUGUCUUUGGCAAACAUGAUACAUGUCUAUGGAAAUCCAUUGCUCCCAAAGAUGCACUACCUUCAACCUUUCACAGUGAACCAAAUAGAAAAUUUAAGAUUCCAAGCCAUGAACAUAGUAGCAACGAGGCUCGGUCGAGCUGAACCGCCUCUUAGAAAAGAAGUCGUCGAGUACAUGUUAGAUGUGGAUUCACACAUCUGGAGCAUGAGAAGAAGCAAAGCCAACUUCUUUCGAAUCAUGUCAUUGCUUUCAGGAAUGAUUUCGAUUAGUAGAUGGUUCCAAGAAGUCUGCAAUUGGAGAAACCCCAUCACAUCUGUGCUUGUGCACAUCUUGUUCCUUAUACUGAUUUGGUAUCCAGAACUGAUACUCCCCACUAUUUUUCUCUACAUGUUCCUCAUUGGAAUAUGGAAAUACAGGUUCAGGCCAAGGUACCCACCUCACAUGGACACCAAGCUCUCUUGGGCUGAAGCAGUGAACCCAGACGAGCUCGACGAAGAAUUCGACACGUUCCCUACUUCAAAACCAAACGACAUGGUUCGACUGAGGUACGACAGGCUGAGAAGUGUGGCGGGGAGGAUCCAGACGGUUGUGGGCGACAUAGCAACACAAGGAGAAAGAGUUCAAUCUCUGCUCAGCUGGAGGGACCCGAGAGCCACCAGCCUUUUCAUAGUGUUUUGUCUCUGUGCUGCUGCUGUUCUAUAUGCUACACCUUUCAGAGUGGUGGCUUUAGUUGCAGGUUUGUACUGUUUGAGGCAUCCUAAGUUUCGCAGUAAGCUACCUUCAGUACCUGGAAAUUUCUUCAAGAGAUUGCCUCCUCAAACAGACAGCUUGCUGUGAGUUAUGGGGUCAUUCAUGUCAAUAUUUAAGUCAGACGACUGUUCUUUUAAGUUCAAAGUUCUAGUUUCCAAUAAAUUGGUCGAUAUUUGAGUUCAAAAAACGAGAAUCAAACUUCCAACUUUUUGAGCGAAAAUAUAUACCUUAACCGAUUGUAUACUCUUAGCAUAAAUUGGUAGAUAUUCAUCUUUUCACCAUCCUAAGAACAAUAGAUAAGAGUGUAUUUCAACCAUUGUUUGUCAUACAACAUAAAAAACCAUGAAAUCCA